CGGCUUCUCUGAGGAAUUCGACGCCCUGUCUGCCUGUUGCUUCAAGGAAGGAGGAAUGCCUUCGCUGCUCCUGCAGCCAGCAAUGGUCCUAACUCUCCGUCCCCGUCAGUCUUGUCCUUAAUCCUCUCCAAGUGAUGUUUGCGCCUCGAACCGUAUCCAGAUUGUUAGGGCCCUCUGUGCGUUGCGGAGCUCCAAGACGGUCUGCACCCGUCUUCGGCAUCCGAUUGCUUUCCCUUCGCGGCUCCCCUCAGCAAACUGGUUUCUAUUCAUCAAAAUCAAUUCCCGAACCUCCCGUCGGCGAGAAUGCCUCGGUAGACUUAUCGAAGGCAAAACGAUCGUCCAGAUCUCCAGCAGCGAAAACGUCUCUGCGCCGGGCCGCCGUGGAAGCACAGCUUUCAAAAGAUGGCAGAAGAAGACCUCACCCGAGCGAAGAGCCGCUUGCUCAGACCAAGAUGGUUACAGCCUACGCUGUUGCCGAACAGUUCGACAUCGGAAAGGUGAUGAAAAUUCUGUUAGCAAAGGGCUAUGAACCGGAUCCAUUCGAAACCGGCCUUUAUCCUCAAGUAAUCCACGUACAAGUCCCUCUUGACUCGAUACGAAGAACCACAAGCCUGGCCGCAUCGGAUUUACCGGCGGAUCAGGUUGGAGACGUUUUCAUCUUCCCGUCAGGCACAGUUGUAUCAUGGUCUCUACCGGAAGGAUUCACGUCGUACCUUGCGAGCACGGUCCUAUUACCCGCAGCUGAGAAUCCGCAUAUCGCCGAUAUGGAAACGGAGCAUUUAGAAUAUUCAGAAGAUCCCCAGCGUGAUAGCAGUACGAUGAAAGGCGAUAAGAUCAUCUUGGGAACAAAGCCCACCCUGGAAAAUAAUCGCCACGAAUACAACCGUUCAGAGAGGCAGUCGGUAGAUACGGUUUUUACCAAGAUCGCGUUCUCCUCAGGGUUGGCUAGAAGCACAAAGCUGGCUGUCCUGGAGAGCCUGUUGUCCAACUAUUUUGACUCGACACGCAAUAUCCCCACCCUCCUUUCCAAAGGAACGCGACUGCCGUACUCACGAGGAUUUAUCCUGCGCAAGACAGGCCAGCUUCUUAGCUUACGAGCGCAGUUGAACCUCUACUCGGAGCUAACAGAUUCUCUUCCCGACCUGUUCUGGGACAGCAAGCAUGAACUUGGCCUUGAGGGCAAUUAUGAUCAAGUUGGAAGGGCUCUUGACGUUGGAAUACGUAUUAAGAUUCUAAACGAAAAGAUGGACUAUGCCCAAGAAAUCGCUAGUGUCCUUCGUGAAAGACUGAGUGAAACGCACGGCUUACGACUAGAAUGGACCAUAAUUCUAUUGAUUGCCGUUGAGGUGGGCUUUGAAGUCUUAAGGCUAUGGAAAGAAAAGAAGCAGGAGGAAGCCGAGGAGAAAAAGGCUUCUGCCUAGGAAUCGGUCAUCUCUACAUAGUACAUACUC